AUGUGCCAUUUUACUGGCCCCCAAGGGUUGACAAGAAAGCAGUCCCAAGGAAUUCAAAACCAUCUUCACGAGAUACAAUCUCGCAUUGAACAGUUAUCUGCGCUCAAUGCACAGCCUCAGGGGCCAGGUCUCACUGGACCAAGUCCUCAGCAACUCAUUGCCAAUGCUCCAUACACUCAACCCCGAACGAUCACGGAACAAGAUCGAUCAGAACUACAGAAAAGUUUCACUGGGAAUAUGGUAGUUGAUCAAGACAGAACACGGUACCUAGAUCCAACUCAUUGGCAAGCAGUUCUGAAUGAGAUUUCUGAAGUCAAGGAAUAUCUCCAACUGACUGAAGACUCAUAUUCUGAAGAGCAAUUUGAUGAUUCAACCACCCCAGAGAUUUCAGGUCCAGAGCUUCUCUUCGGCAAUACGAUAUCUGCCCCCAAGUCUGAUCUCAUUGCUGCAUUACCAGCUCGGCCAGUUGCAGACCGGCUAAUCUCUCUUUAUUUGAACUCGAAAGAAUCUACACUUGUUCUCAUGCACGUACCCACAUUCACAAAAGAGUAUGCCCAAUUCUGGAGAAACCCCGAAGAUGUUUCCGUAAACUGGCUAGCAUAUCUGUUCAGUAUUCUAUGCGCAGGCGCAGGAUUGCAGUUAUUUUCCACGGCAGGGCGAGCAGAUGGUGAGCUCGCCGAGGCUUUCGCAGAAUAUCACAGACUCGCAUCACAAUGCCUUACCAUGUCCAACUACACCUCACCAGGUCGAUAUACCAUGGAAACCCUAAUUCUCAGUGUGGCGAUGGAGAUUCUCAGAAGCACAGAUAACCAUCUCGGUCCCUCGGUCCUCCUCAGCUUGGCCACAAGACUGGCUGUUCAUGCUGGAUAUCACAGAGACUCGAAACAUUAUCCCGAGAUCUCUGUUUUCGACGGAGAAAUGCGUCGGCGAGUCUGGACGAUUCUUUCUCUGCUUGAUCAUUACAUCUCACUCCAGGCUGGUCUGCCGCCGACUACAGUGCAGACACAAUCUGACACGGAGGAGCCCCGGAACUUGACAGAUGAAGACUUGAGCCCGACCGCGACGGCACUUCCUCCUGCCAGACCUGCGACAGAGAAAACGGCUAUUCUUUUCCCGGUCGCCUUGAAUAGAAUAAUGUUUGCCGACGCUGAAAUCAUCAGCAAAGUUUGCUCCGCCAAGGGAGUUCCCUAUCAAGAAGUUCUCCGCUUAGACGGGAAGCUCAAAGAGCUUCACGCAACUAUUCCUCCUCCUUUAAAAUUCCGGCCUUUAAGUGAAUCUAUUGCAGACUCACCAAACACCAUCAUGGACCGCUACAAUAUCGAACUCAUGUAUCAGAAAGCCCGCUGUGACCUGCAUCGUCGGUAUCUCGCACAGCACCGUCUGGACCCUGCAUACGCAUAUUCUCGACGAGAUUGUCUAGAUGCCGUAAGGACUGUACUCCAGCAUCAGUCUGAUAUUUUUGAUGCGAGUAGCUCAGGCGGACAGCUGGGCUACACCUCCUUCUUCUUUUCGCCAAUCGUCGCAGUGCAUUUCCGUUCCGCGGCCAUGAUCAUUUCCUUGGAGAUUUCCUGCCAGUCUCGCCAUGAUCUGAAACAGAACCUGUCACCCGAGCAACGAUACGUAAUUUUAGAUGAGAGGAGGCAGCUUUCUCAGGAAAUCGAGAGAGCUUACAAUAUCUGGAACCAUUUGCGCCAUCAGUCUAAGGAGGCCACGAAGACAGCUGAUGCUCUUCAUAUCAUGCUCAAAGUGACGAACAACCACUUGCAGCACGGUGCGACACCAGACCAAGCAUGGCCUUUAAGUCCUCAUGUCGGUUUACAAGCUACGAGUGAUGCACCCGGGUACGUAGAUUCACUGAUCUCGGUACCCACAACGCUUGAUCACCAACUCUCUUCAACGGUUCUUAAUACCGAACACAGUCCAUUGGAUGUUGAUCUGAUGGACGCAACAUUCUAUCUCGGACAAGAUUCCCUACCCAGCACCAGUGAUAGACGUUUCGCGGGCUCUAACAGCGUUGUCGACUUUUACGAGAGAUACUGGGAUAAUCUGAUGCUGCUAGGCGGAGAUCAGUCAUUCCUAGAUAUCCCGCCAGGUGGUGGUGCAGAUGAUGCUCAUGCUGAUCAAGGGUUGCUGUAG